AUGGCCACAGCGAUGGUUAUGGAUCAAAACCCCUCCACAUCCCCACCACCAACCCUCCCACCUACUCUCCCCAACCCCACCCCCUCUUCAAACGACGACGUCUACACCCUCUACAAAUCCCUCCAACGCCACCUCGAGUUCCUCGAUAUCAAAGAAGAGUACACAAAGGACGAACUCAAAAACCUCAAGCGCGAGCAACUCCGAUCCCAGGAAGAGGUCAAGCGAAUCCAGUCCGUGCCUCUCGUUAUCGGCCAGUUCUUGGAAAUGAUCGAUGAGAAUUACGGGAUUGUUGGAUCCACCGCCGGAUCGAAUUACUAUGUCAGGAUUUUGAGUACUAUUAAUCGGGAGCUUUUGAAGCCCUCUGCGUCGGUGGCUUUGCAUAGGCACUCGAAUGCGCUUGUUGAUGUUUUGCCUCCCGAGGCCGAUUCUAGUAUUUCGCUGUUGAGUCAGUCGGAGAAGCCUGAUGUGACUUACACUGAUAUUGGAGGAUGUGACAUUCAAAAGCAGGAAAUCCGUGAAGCUGUUGAACUACCUUUGACUCAUUUUGAUUUGUACAAGCAGAUUGGUAUUGAUCCUCCUCGUGGUGUUCUGCUCUAUGGUCCACCAGGCACUGGUAAAACCAUGCUUGCCAAGGCUGUCGCUCACCAUACAACUGCUGCCUUCAUCAGAGUUGUUGGCUCAGAGUUCGUUCAGAAGUAUUUGGGAGAGAAGCAUCUGCAUUUUGUAUUUUCUUUUUUGAUUUUAUCCGAUUGCCACUCAUCUAUUUCUCCGACUUCACUGGNUGAUGUUUUUCGACUUGCCAAAGAAAAUGCCCCUGCCAUUGUUUUUAUUGACGAGGUAGAUGCAAUUGCUACUGCUAGGUUUGAUGCUCAGACUGGAGCUGAUAGAGAAGUUCAGCGAAUCCUCAUGGAACUCUUAAAUCAGUUGGAGACUAGUCUUGGUCUUUGGGGGGUGAAACGAAGAAGCCAAUUUCAGCUGAAAAGGGUAUUAAAUAGUAUCGAGCUUUCGGAUCUGCGAAUUCAUUGGUGGAAUGAAUUUGGUGAAGAAAUGUGGUCAUAUACAACGUUCGGCGACUUCAAUUUGAAGCUCCGCAUGUGUUUUUCGUGGCUUCUUAGGAGCUCAGCAUUCUCGGAGAAGAAUGAUACGAUAGAAGUUCUCGACUUAUUGAAAUGUCCCAAGGAAAACAUGGAAACCUGCUCUACUUUUACUUUCGCCCUUUUUGCUUUUGCUGCUGCUGUUCCACAUGGUCAUAAGUUUAACUGGAAUCCUGCUAGAUUUACUGAGGGUACUAACUUCUCCGGUGAUAUUCCCGCCUCCCUUUCCCCUGGAUUGAGCAUACUAGAUCUCUCAUAUAAUUCAUUCACCUGCAACAUUCCGCAAACAAUACAGAAUUUGACUAAACUCACUGGACUGAACCUCAGAGCAAUUCCUUCUAGGGCCCCAUUCCCGAUCUCACCCUCCCGAGACUCGAGCAUUUAA